AUAGAAAGUGAUAAGCCGGUAAUGAUUGAUAUAAACAUAUAAUUUCAAACCUCCUCUGCCUUGGUAGAUUUAAAGGAACACGGACAAGCAGCUUUGAGCUUCUGCGUGGUGUGGGCACAUACUUUGUUCUAUGCUGUAAUUUAUUAUGAAUGGCCUAAACUCGUCUGCCCUCCACGUGGGUGUGGAUCUCACAUUUUAAUUGGCUGACAUCAGCAGCGUCCUGAAAGAGCUCGGCCGCGAUUGGCUCGGUUGCUCCGGGGGUUGUGGGCGGAUUUUCAUCGAUGGUGGAAGUGGGAUACUUUGUGACAAUGUUCAUUGUCGGUACAUCCACUGGGGCUGCUGUAGGUUUGAGAGCGCUGCGGAGAGCCUCUCGCUUCUAAGCCGAACAGGGCUUGCAGCUCCGCUCCUCUGAAGGUUGCAGGAACCUCAGUUAACAUUCAGAAGGAGUUUAUUACUAUUUUUUUUUCUAAUCAAACCGCGCAUUUUUAAAGGUUAUUACAUACGAUCGCCUGCAUUUUUUUUUACUCUUUCUUUUUUCGUUUUUCUUUUUUUAUUUUUUUUUUCGCUGACAAUAUAAUUCCGUUUCUGUUUGGCUUUUGCCCAAUGUAGCAUUUCGGAAGACUUGCUUGCAACUUGGAAAGAAAAGAAAAAAGAAAAAAAAAACGCUGCAAGGAGAUUUAAAUAAGGAGAUCAAGCAAAGCGAAAAGCGACUCUGCAGUGUUAGUUGAUUUCCUGCGGGGACGUUCUCAUGAAAUCGACCGGACUUGGUUUUAUUCCGACUCUCGGAGGACGCACGGAAGGGUUAAUAGACAGAAAGCUCUGAAUGCUGCCUUCUAAGAGACGAUAGUCGAAGCGACGGAUUCCGCUUCCUCCUCCUAAACCCUUUCUUCAUCCCGACUCUUGCUCGUCUUGUCUUCCCUCCCUCCCUCCUCCCUUCCCGUCCCUUCCCCCCGCCGUCUCCGAGCACAGGUUAUCGAAUGGACCAGCAUCCUAGCGCCCGGAGCUGCACCAGUCGCGGGACUUCGUCCUGCGAGGCCGUCCCGGCUGAACCCUCCAUGAAUCUGUACAUCCACUCCACCACAGGCACACGCUUCGAGCUCUCCCUGCCCCAGGAGGAGACCGUGGAGGGACUGAAGAGAAGGCUCUCGCAAAGACUCAAAGUACCCAAAGAGAGACUCGCUCUGCUGCACAAAGAAACGCGACUAAGUUCAGGCAAACUCCAGGAUCUAGGCAUCUCUGAUGGGAGCAAGUUAACACUUGUACCAACAGUCGAAGCAGGAUUAAUGUCUCAGGCAUCAAGACCAGAGCAGUCAGUAAUGCAAGCCUUGGAGAGUCUAACAGAAACUCAGGUCAGUGACUUCCUGUCCGGCCGCUCCCCGCUCACCCUGGCACUGCGCGUAGGGGACCACAUGAUGUUCGUUCAGCUUCAGUUGGCAGCACAGCAAUCUGGGGGUCCCCAGCUCCAGCACCGGCACCUCAUCAGCCGGGGAAACACAGAGGCCGCCGCAGGACAGCCCACAGCGCAGCCGCCCCGAGUUCCCCACAUUCACCCGCUCUCCCCCCACCAUCACCCCCAGCAACCACACAAUCACCCCAGCCCCCAUCCUGUCGCUUCCUCCUCCUCUUCCUCAGGCUCACCUUCCUUCCCGUUGCCAAACACGCACCACCAGCCGCUCCCUCCUAUGUACCACCAGUCACCCUCCUCCCCUCACUGUAGCCCCCCUACUCCGCCACCCCACUCCCCUCGCCCGUCUCACAUCCCCGGGGGAAUUUUCCGCUCUCCAUCUCAUCAUCACCAUCAUCAUCAUCACCAUCACCACUACCACCAGCCCUCCUCCAGUCAACCCAGCCAUGACAUUGGCCAGGUCAGCCCUGUAGCCCCGGUUUUGUGCCCUGAGGCUAACUGCAGCACCAACAGCCCUGGCAGUGGUUCUAGUCCGUCAGCACGCUCACGAAAACCUGGAGCCAUCAUUGAGAGCUUUGUCAACCAUGCUCCCGGAGUCUUCUCAGGGACCUUUUCAGGCACUUUGCACCCUAACUGCCAAGACAGCAAUGGGCGUCCAAGACGUGAUAUCGGUACCAUCCUGCAGAUCCUCAACGACCUCCUGAGUGCCACUCGGCACUACCAGGGCAUGCCCCCCUCCCUCACCCAGCUCCGUUACCAGACUCAGUGUGGGUCGCCCACCUCCCCGUCCCCCUCACCACCUCCUUCACCCCCAGUCGCUGGGAUGACGGGCCUCUCUGCCAAAGCUACCUCUGUGCCUGCUGGCAGCCCUCCUCCAACUCUUCAUCCACUGGUGCAGUGCCAGAGCCAGAUCCGCAUGUGCAAACCCCCUGGUGACCGCAUCCGUCAGACCGAGAACCGAGCGACUCGCUGCAAGGUGGAACGUCUGCAGCUGCUGAUGCAGCAGAAGCGUCUGCGCCGGAAGGCCAGGCGGGACCAGCGAGCGCCCUACCAGUGGCUGCCAAACCGCAAGGCCGGGCGUAGCAACAGCAACAGCAGCAUGUCCAGCGAGGGCUCCCUGGAUCUGGACUUUGACGACUCGGUCUGGAAGCCCGACGUCAAGGCCGACUUAAAGUCCGAGUUUGUGAUGGCCUGAACACCUUGUCCACCCCCGUUCUUUGUGAAGAUUCGUAGAAUUUGUGAAGCGUUUCUUGGGAUUAAUGUGGAAAUAUAUUAUGAAGGCUGUGUCUUGGCAGGAGGUCAGGGGGAAAGAAAAAGUUGUCCUUGUGACUGUUAUCUGC